AUGAAGUUCGGCCACGUUUUCAAGCAGUGCCUGCGGAACGAAGGAUUCCCGCCCGAGUGGGUCGAUUCCGCCAUUUCCUACAGCCAGCUCAAGAAGGUCAUCAACCGCCUUACCCACGAGCUGCAGCACCUCGGCCUGGACCCCGCCACCCUGUCCAAGCUGCUGAAGCACGUCGAGGACUACAACGCCUCGGCCGACCAGAAUGGCGACCAGGACCGCCCGUUUGAGUACAUUUUGAACGGCCACACGGCCGCCUCGGCCUCCCCAAGAGAGAGGAAGCCCUUCCACCCAAAGCUGCUCUUCUACGUCAAUGAAAAGAACGGCGAUGUGGACAGCGCCAGCAUCGAUGAGGAGACCAAGCGCAAGCUCCAGAUGCUGGCUGUCGAGACCGGCAUGACGUCUCUCCGCGUCUUUGAAGACGCAGACUCGCCGAGUUUAUCAGAGGCAGACUCGCAGAAAUCAUCAGAGGCAGACUUGAAGAAAUCAUCAGAGGCAGACUUGAAGAAAUCAUCAGAGGCAGACUUGAAGAAAUCAUCAGAAGCAGACUCGCAGAAAUCAUCAGAGGCAGACUCGCAGAAAUCAUCAGAAGCAGACUCGCAGAAAUCAUCAGAAGCAGACUCGCAGAAAUCAUCAGAGGCAGACUCGAAGAAAUCAUCAGAGGCAGACUUGAAGAAACCAUCAGAAGCAGACUCGCAGAAAUCAUCAGAAGCAGACUCCCUCACACACGGUUCUCGCCCCGGCUACCGAACUGUCGAGGUGCCCCUGACCUCGGACACGGAGUUCUUCACCCGACUAACCAGCGAAGUAGCUGGGUUGGAGAAGCUGCAAGAACGUGAGGAGAAGCGCAUGCACGCCCAAAUCGAAUCUUUGGGCUCCCAAAUAGCCAAACUUACCGACGUGAACAAGCGCUCCAACAAAAAGACCAUCACUGCCUGGCGCCAGGUCUUCCAGAUGUACAUUGAAGAAGGCAUCUUUUUCGGCACCACGGAACAGGACCACAAAUCACACGACGCCGACAAGGCCACACGCCGUUUGGCCGAGUUCUCCAACAAGGUCGCAAGAGCUGGGUUGGUCGAGAAGUUCAAGAAGAAGGAGAACAUGGCCGCGCUCAACAUGUUCAUGCACAUCAACCGGGAAAUCCUGCAGGGCCUGCGAUUCGGCGAGAUCAACCACAACGCCAUGAUCAAGAUCCUGAAGAAGUUCGACAAGCGCACAGCGCUGGGCGUCAAGCAAACCUUCCCUCGACAGGUCGAGUAUCCCGAGUUCUCCGAGCACCUCGCCAAAGCCGUCUGCGCAGAGGUCAACACUCGGAUCCUCUCGCACGUGCCGCAGCUCGACGACUACAGCUGCCCCAUGUGCUGCGAGAUAGAAUGGCGGCCCGUGAAGCUGUCCUGCGGGCACGUCUUCUGCAUCCGUUGUCUGAUCGUGAUGCAGAACAACAAGCAACACAACUGCCCCUACUGCCGCGCCAAAACCGUCUUUGACGCAAACUCCGACAAUCUCGACAACGAACUCGCCGCCUUCCUCAAGAAAUGGUUUCCCGACGAAGUCAAAGCCAAGCAGCGCUACAACGAGCACAUGGCCGGCAUCGACCAGUACGGCGAGGUGUACGCGGAUCAAAAGUGCGUCGUCAUGUGA